CGUUCCGCCUGAGGUUCGGCGGGCGUGUCAAGCGCUACAGCAGCCGCGGCGAUGGGGGCGGUGGGCUUGGGGAUGGUGGACUGUCACUGUCAUCUCUCCGACCCGGACUUUGACCGCGAUCUGGAUGAUGUGUUGGAAAAAGCCAAGAAAUCUAAUAUCCCUGCUCUCUUUCUUAAUUCAUUCUACAUUUUUAGGUAUAAUGGGUUUCUCCUGCCAUGCUUGGGUGUUCAUCCAGUUCAGGGACUUUCACCAGAAGACCAAAGAAGUGUCACAUUAAAGGAUUUGGAUGUAGCUUUGCCUAUGAUUGAGAAGUAUAAGGAUCGAUUGUUGGCAAUUGGAGAGGUGGGACUAGAUUUCUCCCCGAGAUUUGCUGGCACUGAAGAGCAGAAGGAAGAGCAAAGACAGGUCCUAAUCAGACAGGUCCAGCUCGCCAAAAGACUCAAUUUGCCUUUAAAUGUUCACUCACGUUCUGCUGGAAGACCCACCAUCAACCUCUUAAAUGAGCAAGGUGCUGACAAAGUGCUGCUACAUGCAUUUGACGGUCGGCCAUCGGUAGCCAUGGAAGGAGUAAAAGCUGGGUACUUCUUCUCAAUCCCUCCUUCUAUCAUAAGAAGUGGACAGGUAAAUUCUUUCAUUCAGCCUCAUGUUACACGUGGUGAAAUACAUUUUAAAGUACGGAAUGAGCCCCAAAACAUUUCCAUUUCAGCAGAAUAUAUCGCCCAGGUGAAAGGGAUCUCAGUAGAAGAAGUUACAGAAGUGACAACGCAGAAUGCAUUGAAACUGUUUCCCAAGCUUCGCCACCUGCUCCAGAAAUAGCUUUGAAACCAGAUCAACUGCAGGGGGCAGCAUUUGAGAAAAAUAAAUGUUCUGAUUAAGAGUCAGAACUGAAGAAACCAUUCCAUAGGGAUAUAGAAGGUUAUAAUUUUAGAGAAAUAGUUCUCUUAAAAAUAAAACUGGGCUCGGAUCCCAAAACCCUGGGUUCUAAUUCUACCUUGUGCUGCUUUUGAAUUAAUGAUUCCUCAUAGGAGAUUGGGAAACACUGCUGUUUCUUAACUUGCCCCAUUAAAUAGAACUCCCACAUGAACUGAAACUGUUUCUUCUGGCGAGAGUGGCUCACGCAGGUAAGAAAUAAGUGCUCCUGUGAUGGCAUGGAAUAGGCUGAGGUUUGAUCCUUCACCACCUGUCUUGCUUCUCAUAGGAUUUAUCCAGUGAAAAGAGAGCAUUUAGUUUCUUACACUAUCAAAACUCUUCUCUUCUGGGUUAAUAAAAUUGAACUUUUAGUA